AUUGGAUUGGAGUCGCAAUGCGCAGCCACGGAGGGAGCUAGGGUCUGGAGAUCCACCAAAUCCCUCGCCUGAUCUCCCUUCUUCCUCGGCGCCGUCGUCCACGACCAUCUCCGGCGGCCGAUCGCUUUCGGCGGCAUGGAUUGCCCCAAGCGGAGUACGCCGGCUGGCCUCCCCUACGACGCCAUCGUGGAGAUCCUCGCGCGCCUCCCCGCCAGGUCCGUCUACCGAUUCAAGUGCGUCGCCAAGGCCUGGCGCGACCUCAUCGACGACCCCCUCAACCGCAAGAAGCUCCCCCAAACCCUGGAAGGGUUCUUCAUCAUUGACAUUUUUUUUUUGUUGCGAAUGCCGAUGUACGUCGAAUCUUUCGUGGAACAUUUCGGUUUCAUCAACCUAUUGCCGAGAUCCGUGCCUCUCGACAUCGACCCUCGCUUCUCUUUCCUGAGAAAGCGGCCCGAGAUUGAGAACCUCUUAUUCUCGGAUUCCUGCAAUGGGCUCCUCCUCUUCGAUCAUGCCCGGAAGUCGAACUUACUUGACACAUUGGGUUACAUAGUGUGCAACCCAGCCACAAAGCAGUGCGAGACUGUGUCCACCUGCAGCUGCUGUCCACCAUCAACAGAAUGUUCAAAAUGGUAUACCCGUUUGGCUUUCGAUCCGGCUGUCUCCUCUCAUUUUCACUUGAUCCACUUCUGGAAAAAGGGCUUGGAUGAGGAAGUGGAGCCAUUGGAGGAUCAGGUGUCUGUGUUGUCAGUGUGUGCAUACUCGUCUGAGACUGGGACGUGGAGUCAGAGCCAAAUCGACUGGAAUGAACAAGGACAAUUGGAAGGAUGGCGCCAUCAGGGCAUUCUAUCUUAUGAUACCUCUCAGUAUGUCUUUUUUAAUUGCGUCCUACAUGUGAUACUUUUUGGUUUUGAUCAUGUUCAGAUAGUUGCUCUGGAUGUACAAGGAAGGACUCAAAGGAUGAUCACAAUGCCAGCUGCUGCAGAGGGGAGGUGUUGGAAAUAUAAGGGUUAUAUUGGUCAUUCCCAAGGGCGUCUGCAUUACAUCAACAAUGAGGUUGAUGCUCAUGACCAGAGCUGUGAAUUGUCUAUCUGGGUCCUUCAGGAUUAUGAUAGACAAGAAUGGCUGUUGAAGGACACUGAGCUUUCUGAAGCUCUUUGGAAAAAAGAGUUGCACAGGCAGCAGGUCGGACUUCUCAGUUGUGGCCAUUCAUCAAGAUUGCAAUGUGGUUUUCUUUCUUCAACCCCUGAACCGACUAAUAGCAUAUGACAUGGACCGCAAGGAAGUGAUUGUUAUUGCCACUUUUGAACAUGAAUUUCAGGAUGCGAGAAUUGCUCCUUAUACCCCCUAUUUCUCGGAGUCACUGACGCUUGCAAGUAAGCUCUGAAAGCGUAUGCUCUAACCAUGGAGCAGCUAGCAACUUGGUUAGGUUGUAGUAAACUUAGGUGAAACGUUCUGUCUCUGCUUGGAUGUAUUCCUCUUAUGCUUUUGGUCUAAUUAAUACUGCAAGCCUGCUGAUCCAUUCAUGUAAUGUGUUGCAUAGUGUGUCCGUGCUUGGAAUGUAUUCUAUCUCAUGCUUUUUGGUCUAAUUAAUACCGCAAGAGCGCUGAGAUGUUCAUGUAGUGUAUCUUUUCGAAUGCUAGUUGUAUCAAUGACCGCAU